AUGAGUGAAGCUUCGUCUCCAAUAAGAGAAGGCUCAUAUAAACUAAGAACCCAUUCUAAUUGCAAUUUUAUGUUCUCUCGUUCAUUGAUACAGCCUUAUUCUGAAGUAUAUAAAUUUAAUAUUGCAAGCGUCUCUAAUUUUAAUGUGAUAACGCAAUGUUGUUGAAAUGUGAAGACCUUUAUUAAUCCAUUCCAUUAAUAGGUUUACUAUCUAAACCACAUUGCAAAUUAUCUGAUGGGAUGGUAUUAAAAGAAAAUUUUAUGUUUAGAUAAUUUACUAUUAAGUAAAGAAGUAUAGUUUUUUUUAAGAAAUAUUUAAUUCAAACAGAUUGAAGAAUGAUAUGGAGUAAAUUUAUCACGUAAAUUAAAACAUUUAAAUUAGUUGUGUACAAAACUUUAAUUAGAAAUUUUUAAGCAAGGAAUGGUAAUUUUAAGAGAGGGUGCAAUUUCAAAUGAUAAAAUGUACUUAAUAAUUGAAGGAAGGGUGCUUAUAUUUAAAUAACAAAAUUCAAUAAAAAGACAAUUAUUAAAAGUGUAAAAGACAGUACAAAACACUGAAUUAUAGUUUGAAAUUUUAUAGAACUUCAUCUAAAUCUAUGGAAAUUUAAUAAAUGAUUUAAAUCCAGGAAAUUAUUUUGGAGAAAAAGCAUUAAUGGAAAAUAAUAAAGAUGCUUAAAGAACAGCUACUUGUAUAGCUGACACGGAUACUUAUUUAAUAUCAUUAAAUAGAAAUGAAUUUUUUGAAGUCUUGGGAUCAUUUAAAAAAGAUGCUGAAUUUAAAAGAGAGGUUUUUUAAUCUGUAAUUCCAUAUUUUGAUAAAAUUACAUCAACUUUGAUGGUAGAAAGUCUAAUGUACAGUUUUUAUGAAGAAAUUAAAUCAAGAGAUGAAACAGUUACUUAAGAAGGAGAUUAAGCUAGUAAUCUUUACAUUUUGUAUGAAGGAGAAGUUGCAAUAAUGAAAAAACAUGAAAAUCACUAAAUGUUAUUAUGCAGUUUACAUAAUUAAUAAGUUAUAGGAGAGGAAUCACUAUUUUAAGAUAAAUAUUAUUAUACAGUAGUUGUUCAUAGUUAGGAAGCAAAAUUUUUUAAGAUUAGUGCUUAAUCAUUUUUAUUAAAAGGAUCAUCAUAAUGUGUGAAAGGAUUGAAGAACAUGAUGGAAAAGAAAUAAUUAGCUAGAACUUAACUAUUUGAAACAAUAAUUAAAAAGAGUAUUGAGCAUAGGGAGACCACUAAGAAAUUAAUCAGAGAUAGGAAUUAAAGUAAUUAGGAAGAAAAUUGUAAAAAGUAGUAUUAUGGAAUAACUAAUCGAUUUUAAGUGAAAUAAGAGACAAUGAUUAACAAAGGAAACAUGUCAAGCAAUUAAACUAAUUAAAGUGUGAAUGCUUAAAAUAGUAUAAAGCAAAUUCCAAAGUGUUUAGAAGAUUACGCUUUGUUUUAGGUGAAAUUUGAAGAAAAUAAGUAAAAAAGAAAUUGUUUUAAACAAUCAAUAUAAUAUUAAUAACUAUAAUAAAAGUUGGGAAUAAAUUAAAAGACUGAGGGUAGUUCUCCAACAAAAUAUGAUGUAGAACAGAAUAAGGAUUUCUCAUCUAGAACUGAUUCAAUCUAUACGAUGAAUAAUAAAAAUUCUUUAAGUUCUAGAACUAAAAGUAGUUUAAUACAAAACUUUCUUUAGUUUAACACUGUAGAUGUGAUGAAAAAGAAGUUAACAAAUUAAAAGAAAAACUAUCUAAUUAAGUCUAUGAAACAAAUGAAAGAUUUGUAAUUAAUAAAAAUAAGAUGUUAAACUCUUGAAUAAUGA